AUGUAUUUACCGAACGAAUGUGUAGAAUGCAUUAUAAAACACUUUGAUGAAAAUGAUAUCAAAACUUUAUAUUCCGCCACUUUAGUGAAUCGUAAUUGGUGUAAAAUUAGCAUGAUUCGACUAUGGAAAAUUCCUUUAUCAUCAAAUUCAUCAAAUUCAACUAAUUCUCCAAGUAAUUCUUCAAAUACUCAUAAAAUAAUUACAGUAUUACUAUCAUUUCUUGAUAAAGAAAGUAAAGAAGAGUUGAAAAUUUUAGCAAACCGGUUUUAUAUACCAAAAGAUACUUUAAACCUUUAUCCAAAAUUACAACGUGAUUUAAAAAUUCCUCUUUAUCAUUUAAAAAUACCUGAUACACCUCAUUUAUUUGAAUAUCCAAAAUAUAUUGAGAGAAUUAAUUUCGUGGAUUUGGUUGGUUUAGUAAAUAAAUGGGUGAAUAAUUUAUUAAAUGAAUUACUCUCAACAUCUUCAAUGUCUCUUAAUUUUUAUUUAUACAAGUGUUUAAAUGGGUGGGAAUAUAUUCGUUAUAUAACAAAUCAAACAAAUUUUCGUUGUCCUUUUAUUCAAUUUGAUAAAAAGCCUCAAGAAUUUUUUAAGUUUUUGCUCGAAUCUUUAUUUCAAGUAUUGAUUAAAUAUUCUCAAAUCGAUACUCUCUCUAUAAUUAAUAUUUCAAAUACACAACCCCUUAUUCUUCAAUUAGAUAAAUAUUUACAAAAUGAUGAUAUUAACAAGAGAUUAUUAUUAAAUUUAAAUUCUUUUGAUUUUUGUCAAACCAUCAAUUCAAGAAUAUUUAUGAAAUUAUCGGAAUUGGUUCGUGAUACGAUUACGACCAUAUCAAUAUUCAUCAUACCCGAAGGAUUAGGUGUUGAUGAAGGUGAAAAUAUGGAUCAUGUAAUUAGUUUUAUUAAAUCACUUCGUUUUCUUAAAUCCGUCUCAUUUAUCGGUUACAAUAAUACAAAUGCUACACAGAUAAUUCUCUCUUUACAAAAACAUAGUUCUACUUUAACCACACUUAAACUUACUUUAUGUACGAUCGAUGAUGAUGCGAUUAAAUGUUUGUCAAGAUGGGAUCAUUUACAAGAAUUGAUUUUUCAUCAAUUACAUUUUAUAUUCAACAAUGACCUUUCUUCAACGAUCAAAUCCGAAGACAAAAUCUUUCCUAAAUUAAAAAUUUUAAAUUAUGUGGAAUACAGUUCAAAAAAUUCACUUAUCGCUUGGAUCAUACAAAAUAAUGGUUAUAAUUUAACCCACCUGGAUAUUCAUACAAAUAUAGAACGAUGUAUAAAAAUAUUUGAUAUAAUAUCAAAAAAUUGUCCUUCACUUAUUUCUUUAACCACCCCAAUAACCGAGCAAAGAGAUUUUACUGCUUUAUUUUCUAUCCUUGAGCAUUGCAACCAAUUGAAAAGAUUAUUUAUUUAUGAAUUUAACAUCAUAAAUAUUAAUGAAGAUGUUUUAUCUUCUUUUAUUGAAAUUAUACCUGAUUCUUUAUUAUAUUUGAAAAUUAAUAAAUUCGAAUUUUCUCAAAUUAAAUUAGGUAAAUUAAAAAAUUGUAAGAUUAUUUUUGAAGUUUUAUUAGGUAGAAAUUCUUUAACUGUAAAAGAAUUUUUUUCUUUAAACAAUUUAUCUAUAAAUAUUGGAAGGUUUAAAUAG